AUGUCUAGUGAUCAUACGCGCGACCCAUGCCCUUGGGUGAUCCUCAACGACUUUGGCGGCGCUUUCUCGAUGGGUGCUGUCGGUGGUGGUAUCUGGUAUGGCAUCAAGGGUGCAAGGAACUCCCCAAGAGGAGAGCGAUUCGUCGGUGCCAUCUCACAAAUAAAAGCCCGCGCACCAGUGACAGGCGGCAACUUUGGUAUUUGGGGUGGUAUGUUCUCGACAUUCGACUGCGCGGUGAAGGGAUACCGGCAAAAGGAGGACGCAUGGAAUGCGAUCAUCUCUGGUUUCAUGACUGGUGGCUGCCUUGCUCUGCGAAGUGGCCCAAAAUCGGCACUAGGGUCCGCCAUUGCUUGCGGUAUCCUGCUCGGUGUGUUCGAGGGUGUCGGUGUUCUGCUGGGACGGGUGUUCAGCGAAGGCCAGGGACCACCAAUGGCUCAAUUACCCCCUCAACCUGCACCAGCAGCAUGA